AUGGCAUUGGCAUCCUCCUACUCGACUGACAGCAUCUCCACCUCCUCCAACAGUUCGCAGGAGAAACUACCGCUGUCCACACGGCCCGCGCCGCCAUCUGCGACAUCUCCCGUUUGUCCGCCAAAAGAAGCCGGUCCAAUCGAACCACAAUUCAUCACCUGGGACUCGUCGAAUGACCCCUUCAACCCCUUCAACUUCCCCGUCGGCAUGAAAUGGCGUGCCACGCUACUCGCAUGCAGCAUGACAUUUGUUGUGCAAGUCUCGGGCACAAUGCUAACAUCCGCUGCCGAGCAAAUCAACUCUAGCUUUGGCAUCACCGACGAAGCAUUUCCGCACUCGUACUGGCCAGUCCUAAGCUGGAACUUGGGCGGAGCGGCAGCCCCGUUGCUUGGUUUACCUUUGAUGAAAACUUUGGCGUGCGCCUUGGCCGAGAACUUUGCUUCGCUCGUUGUGACGAGAAUCAUCACGGGAUCCUGCUCGGGUGUCCUGGCCAACAUUACGUCAGGCAUUGUAAGCGAUAUCUGGAGGCCUGGCCGAGCGCAGAGCUUCGGUACUUCGCUGUACAUAUUUGGGCUGCUAGGGGGAUUAAACAUGGGGCCUGUGUUUGGGAGUUUAGUUGUCCAGUAUACCACUUGGCGAUGGAUAUUCUUGGGCCAAAUCAUAUUUUACAGCGCCCUGAUGCCAAUAUUGUUUGUUCUUCUCCCCGAGGUCCGACCGGAUGUCAUUCUGGCCCAGCGCGCGCGCCAUAUCCGCGCGAGUACAGGAAAGGAGGUCUAUGCUCAGGCCGAGAAACAGCAUACAAGCUUGAGCGGGAUUCUCAAGGAAACCCUCGUCCGACCAACACGUAUGCUCUGCACCGAAGGUGUGGUCCUCUCCUUUGGGAUGUGGAGCGCUUUCUGCAUAGGGACGGCCUUCAUGUUCACCCAGUCCAUUGUUCAAGUCUUUUCUGGACUGUAUGGCUGGACCUUCUUCGGCACGGGUCUUGUACAGUGCGCAGUUGUUAUUGGGGAGCUCAUCGGGCUAUUUGCGUCGCUGGUCCAGGAUCGUUUCUAUUUCGAGUCUGCGAAAUGGAAUGUUGAGAGUCCCGGCACGCCUGUUCCGGAAGCGCGCCUCUACCUGAGUAUUCCCGGGUCCUUCAUCGGCUUGACUGGCGGCCUAUUCUUUUUCGCUUGGACUUCUUACCCGUCGGUGCCGUGGAUUGUGCCUGGCAUUUCGCUUGCUUUUGUUGGCUUCGGCAUGUUCUGCAGCACGGCCGGGGUGACGACGUACGUAGUCGAUGCAUAUGCAAAGUAUGCAGCUAGUGCAAUUGCCGGCAUUGCGUUUCUCGAAAACACCAUGGCAGCCUUCUUGCCGCUUGCAACGCAGGACAUGUAUCGUACGCUUGGCUUUCAGUGGGCCAGCAGCUUCCUGGGGUUCGUGGCGCUGGCAUUGAGUUUCAUUCCGUUGGUUUUGCUUAGAUAUGGAAGAGGGAUACGCGGAAAGAGUCCGUUUAUGAGCGAGGCAGGGUAUAAGAAUUGA